GUGGCCUUCCACGCAAACUUCAACUACGUGUGGCUGCGCCUGCUGGAGCGCGCGAUGCCGGGCCGCGCGCCGCGUGCGGUCCUGGCCAAGGUGCUGUGCGACCAGGCGCUCGGCGGGCCAGUGGCGAUCUCUGCCUUCUACGCUGGUAUGAGUAUUCUCCAGCGAAAGGAUGACAUAUUUUUGGACCUGAGACAGAAAUUCUGGAAUACAUAUAUGAGUGGUCUGAUGUACUGGCCUUUUGUACAGCUGGCCAACUUCAGCCUUGUUCCUGUUCACUGGAGAACAGCUUACACUGGACUCUGUGGUUUUCUGUGGGCCACCUUCCUCUGCUUCUCACAACAGGGUGGUGAUGGCACGUUGAAGUCAGCUUUCACUCUCCUUCGUAUAAAGGGGACACGCGAGGUUGAAAAGGCCCCACAGAAAUGACAAGUUGAGAACUCCCUGAAAGUGGCUAAUUUUUUAAAGGCAGUGGAUUGACUGCAGAUGAAAUACUUUGCUUACCACUUGUGUACUCCAUUUUGAAGAAUUACUAUUCUGUAGACUUGAUUGUUUCUUAACUAGUGAUGAUAACUUUCAAUUUUAUUCGCAUCUCCCUUUUUUCCCAUUCUAAUCUGAAAGGAUUACUUCUCUAAUACUUCGGCUACUAUCAAUAACAGUGGCAAAGUGGCAUUUUAUAAUCACUACUAUUUCUAGUCUAAUAUUUUGUUGCCAGUUGAUUUAAGGAACCCUCAUUUUGAUUGUAUACUUCUCUCCUCUGAAGUCUCAGGUUAUCUCCUAAACAUUUUUGGAUCAGAUUACCUUUUAUAACAAAAACAGUCCUUAUAGUAAAUUUCUGUUUACACAGAAUUCGAUCAGGAAGAUUGAAUCACCAGGUUUUCCCCUAAAAUACUGUAUAACUUACUGUUAUGCUGAUACUAAGGUUCUAUAAGUACAUUUUAUAUCAAAAAACAAAACAGUGUAUGAUCAUUGUGUUCUGUACAGAAUGUAAUUUGGCUGAUGUCUUCUACUUUUAUAGUUUUUAAGUAUUCUUUAAUGCU